CGCGCCUCUCGCCCUUUAUAUACCGACAGGACAUUGGGUCUGUCUGCAAGACUUCACCAUGGGGAAACUUUUGGUUUUCUCUGCUUUGCUGGUGGCCGUUUGUGUUCAUGGAGGUUUUGUGGGGGAUCAGGUACUCCGGAUCACACUCAGAGAUGAGGAACAAGCGAGUUUGGUGAUGUCGAUGGAGGAACAGGAUCAUCUCCAGCUUGACAUCUGGCGGAGUCCCCACAAGACCGACCUCGUCAUGGAUGUCCGUGUUCCUCGGGGUAGUCUUCAGACCUUCAAGGUGUUUCUGGAGCACAAUGGGAUCCAGUACUCAACAAUGAUUGAAGACCUGCAGGUAUUGAUUGAGAGCGAGAAAGCUGAGCUGGAGAGGUCGACCAUGAUGGAACGCACCUUCUCCACAUUCAACUACGGCACCUACCACACCCUGAGUGAGAUUUACACAUGGAUGGACGAUCUGGUCUUUGCGUUUCCCGGGCUGCUGCAGAAGCUAGAGAUUGGGACGUCGUUCGAAGGGCGGCCGCUCUACGUGCUGAAGUUCAGCACCGGGGGAAGGCAGCGUCCAGCCAUCUGGAUCGACAGCGGAAUCCACGCCCGCGAGUGGGUGUCACCAGCCAGCGCCAUCUGGAUGGCGAACAAGAUCGCCAGUGACUACGGCCAGGAGACCUUCAUCACGUCGUUGCUGCAGAGAAUGGACAUCUACAUGGAGAUCGUGGUGAACCCCGACGGCUAUGUCUACACGCACACCAAGAAUCGAAUGUGGCGCAAGACCAGGUCUGUAGCCCCCGGAGGGAAAUGUUUUGGGGUCGAUGCCAACAGGAACUUUGAUGCCGGCUUUGGAGGUCCUGGAACCAGUAGCAAUCCGUGCAGGGAAACUUAUCAUGGACCCUACGCCAACUCUGAAUCUGAGGUUGCAGCCAUUGUGAACUUUUUGCAGAACCACAAAAACAUCAAGAGCUUCAUCUCCAUUCACAGUUACUCACAGCUCCUCAUGAUUCCCUUCGGGUAUAAAUGUGUGCAUCCUGCUGAUUACCAGGAGCUGGAAGGAAUUGCCAAAUCCGCUGUCAGGUCUUUAACCUCGAUGUAUGGAACACGAUACGAAAUUGGAUCCAUCUGUGAUGCAAUCUAUCAGGCUAGUGGAGGCAGCAUUGACUGGACUUACAACCAAGGCAUCAAAUACUCCUUUGCGUUUGAACUCCGUGAUACUGGUCGCUAUGGUUUCAUGCUGCCUUCCAGAGAGAUCAUUCCAACUGCCCAGGAGACCUGGGAAGCGAUGAAGUCAAUCAUGGAGUCUGUUGGCAGCCGCUCUUGAUCUCUGAACCAACUGCUAAUAAAAAGGGUGAGGCAAAGAUCCGAUGUGGGCUGAAUUCCACCGAGAGAGUUGCAUAUUCCUUCAAACAAAUAGUUUGUGCCAAAUCCGCUGAGUUCCUUCUAGUUUAUGUCUGUCAUGGAAUGUAUGAGAUCAAUCCUGUUUCAAUAAAACAAAGAUCAGAAAGAGAUAAACUUGGUGAUGCCUGGA